CGGACUUACUUUCACUCGUCAGACCUAUCAUACCAACGUUCAUCAGUGUUCCAUGUGUGGAUGGGUCAAACAAAGUCGUGCGUUCGAUGCUAUCGUAUUAUUUAUUGUUUGUAACUUAAAUUGAGUCGAAUGACAUUCUGCGUAAUAUGUUCGCGAAAAACUAAUUACAAUAACGAGGGUUAUUCAAAGGCGUAAAAUAAUCCCGAUGCUCGUUGUGCUUUGAAAACAUUCAUCGGCUGAAUUCCAGGCAACUCAAUUAUGAGCCUUCAAUUUAUCGUCACUUCUUUUUUCAUCGGCGGAAUCGUCUGCUUGAUGAUCUAUCAUGCGAGAAGAUUUCGUCUGUAUCAGAAAGCAUGGAAAUUUCGUGGGCCACUCGUGUUUUUACCGUUUUUGGGUAACGCCCUGACUUUCGCCGGAAAUACCGAAGAUCUACUGAAAACACUCGAUAAUCUCGCAAACAGCUAUUCGUCACCUUAUCGUGCUUGGUUUGGACAGGACUUGGCGAUUUUUGUCUCUCACCCGAAUCAUAUAAAGGAGUUACUGUGCAGUGAUAAAGCAAUCGAGAAGUCAAAAUUUUAUACAUUUUUUCGACCUUGGUUGGGAAACGGUUUAUUCACCGCCCCUGCUGGAAUAUGGCGCGUGCAUCGCAAGCUGAUCGGGCCGACUUUUAACCUAAAAAUUCUCGAAUCUUUUGUACCGAUAUUUGCGGCUCAUUCCAAAACGAUGGCGGACAAAAUGGAGGCCAAUAUAAAUGGAGGAGAAUUCCGAAUAUUCGAAUACGUAUCGUUGUGUACGUUGGAUAUUAUUUGCGAAACAACGAUGGGCGUGAAAAUGGAAGCACAGAACAAAUCGGGAUGCGACUACGUUGAAGCCGCAGAGAAGUUAUUUUCAAUUAUUUACGAAAGAAUUCUCAAGCCUUGGCUUCAUCCUGACGCGAUUUUUUAUCGUUCCAAACUUGGCAAAGAACAGACAGAUCGCAUCAAAACUUUGUUCUGUUUUACUGAUAACGUGAUACUGAAAAAGAAACAGGCCUUGCCGAGUGGUGAUCGUCGUGAGAUAGCUAUGAAUCAUGAAGAUGAAACUUGUACUUCACGGUCACGGAGAAAAGCUUUUCUAGAUUUGCUGAUGGAACUGACGUACGAUGAAAUGAAAUUUUCGGAUUCUGAAUUGCGUCAGGAAGUUAAUACAUUAGUGCUGGCGGGAAACGACACAAUAUCCAAUGCAAUGUGCUACGUGAUGCUGAUGCUCGCUUCUCAUCCCGAAGUUCAGGAAAAGGUUUAUCGCGAACUGCAAAGCAUUUUCAUGGAUCAAGACCCUGAUGAACGAUUUGUGACACAGGAAGACCUGCCGCAUAUGGAAUAUUUGGAGCGUGUGAUAAAAGAAACCUUGCGUUUAUUUCCAAUCGCGCCUAUCCUCGGUCGCACAGUGAUGGAGGACUUGGAGAUAGGUGGGUUCACGCUGCCGAAAGGAAGUAUGGCCGUUGUGAACACGUUCACAGUUCAUAGAAGCAAAGAAUACUGGCUAGAUCCCCUUAAGUUUGAUCCAGACAGAUUUCUGCCUCAAGAAGUUGCACAGCGCCAUUCCUAUUGCUAUCUACCCUUUAGCGGCGGACCCAGGAAUUGUAUAGGCGCAAGAUAUGCCAUGAUGGAAAUGAAAACGUGUCUCGCUCACAUUCUUCGGAAAUACGUUCUCAAAAAGGACAAAGUUCAGCUCAUAAGUGAAAUACGGGUUAAAGUGGACAGCUUACUGAGGCCAGUUGAGCCGAUCACGUUGUGCAUAGAAAGACGAUCGUCGAAACUUGAUUGA